UGGCUGCACGCAACGCACGCACACACUGUUACUAAUUAUUAUUACUUAUUACUAACUCGUUAAUUGUUUUAAAAGAUUUUGUCCCGAAUAUAACUACAUGUUAAGAUAUUUACAUGUAUUUCAAAUGAUUUGAACAGAGUGAAUUUAUGUGUAACCUUCUCCAGAGCUUGUUGUGAAGAUGUUUUGCGGUUUUUUUCUUAAAUUGUAGUAUCAAUAUACAGUGUUCAGAGCGGUUUGACUGUGGAAGGACUGGAAAACACAAACUGAUAUUUUUAAGGGAGAGCUUAGAAUAAAAAAUAAAUUAGUUUUAUCUCAUUAUUCGUGUGGAAACCGUAUACAAAAUUAACCCUGAUAUCGCUAUUGUACACAGGCAGCGUGUUGGGCACCAUACCGGAAGUAAACAUUUGCUAGUUAAGAAACUUCACAGAGGAAAUGUAUUAAUCUAAAUGUAUAUGUCGACGUAAUUAUUUGUAAUAAAAAAAAAUGGAUCGAUUCAUGUGGACCAACGGACUCCUUGAAAUGAAUGAAACUUUAGUAAUCCAUCAGAGGGGUGUCAGAUUAUAUGACGGAGACGACAAGGCGAAGCUCGAUGUAGGAGUGGUCCUCUUGAGCACACAUCGGUUAAUUUGGAGGGAUCAAAAGAAUCAUGAGUGCUGUAUAUGUAUACCGUUGUCUCAGAUCAUAUUCUUUGAGGAGCAGGCUGCAGGAAUUGGGAAGAGUGCCAAGAUAGUCAUUCACCUGCAUCCAGCUCCUGCUAAUAGAGAGCCUGGGCCAUACCAGAACAGCAAGUUCUCCUACAUUAAAUUAUCCUUUAAGGAACAUGGGCAAAUUGAGUUUUACAGACGUCUCACAGAGGAAAUUACACAGAGGAGGUGGGAGAAUACGCCAGUGUCCCAGCCCAUAACACCAGCAGGACUAAAGACAGGAAGAACACGCGCAGUUGGGAUUGUUGGCAUUGAGCGGAAGCUGGAGGAGAAGAGGAAAGAGACAGACAAAAACAUUUCAGAGGCGUUUGAAGAUCUCAGCAAGCUUAUGGAGAAGGCUAAAGAGAUGGUUGAGCUUUCCAGAUCCAUUGCUAACAAAAUCAAAGACAAACAAGGGGACAUCACUGAGGACGAGACUAUCCGCUUCAAGUCGUAUUUGUUGAGCAUGGGCAUCGCCAACCCCGUAACCAGGGAAACACACGGCUCAGGCACACACUACCACAUGCAGCUUGCUAAACAGCUGGGAGACAUACUGCUGGCACCACUGGAGGAGCGAGGGGGUAUGAUGGCCCUCACGGAGGUCUACUGUCUAGUAAACCGAGCACGAGGGAUGGAGCUUCUUUCUCCUGAGGACAUGGUCAAUGCCUGCAAAUUGUUCGAGUCUCUGAAACUCCCUCUCAGGUUGCGAGUGUUCGACAGUGGCGUAAUGGUGGUUCAGCUUCAAUCUCACAGUGAAGAAGAGAUGAUUACAUCUGCUAUCGAUAAUGUGUCUGAGAAGGGCUCCUUAACAGCAGAGGAGUUUGCUAAACUUUUAGGACUGUCUGUUCUUCUUGCAAAAGAGAGACUGCUGCUGGCUGAGAAAAUGGGGCAUCUAUGCAGAGACGACUCUGUGGAAGGCUUGCGUUUUUAUCCCAACUUGUUCUGAUGUCCAAACUGACAAUCGGGAAUAGUCUAAUUUUUCUACUGGACUUGUUUUCUGACGAUCACACUGUUCACUUUGUAGACUGGAACUGAACUGCAGGAUGCUCAAUUCUCAACUGUGUAAUAACAGUGAGCAGUGUUAUUGGUGAAUGUUGGUUUUGAUUCUAAUUUUACUGUACUUGGUUCUUUAUAUGUGGGAAAGGGUUCGGAGGAGUCAUACUUUUUUAUUGCUUUGGUUCAUACAGAUCUGUAAACUGUAACUAUAAAACCCCCUGAAUUAGGUAUUGUAUAAUAUCUUAAGUACUAUUACUUCACAGUAAUUAUAAACCUACCCCUGAUCAGCAAGGCCAUGAUGGAGAGCCUCACUAAUUAAACCAAAGGCAUAUAUAAGUUUCAGGUUUGGAGUUCAGCAUGCAGGUAUCCAUGAGACAAGUUCCAGUUCAUAGAAAAUGCUCUUGAAACUGUUACUGCACAUGGGUUGGUUAUACACUAUGGCCAAAAGUAUGUGGACACCUGACAUUCCCACCCAUUUAUAUGCCUUUGAACAUUCCAUUCCAGAUUUAAUCCCCCUUUGCUGCUAUAAUAACCCCCAGUGUUCUAGUAAUGCUGCCCACUAGAUUUUGGACCUUUUGUCUAUGGGUAUUUGUGCUCUUUCAGCCACAAGAGCAUUAGUGAGGUCAGGCACUGAUGUGUGAGGAGGCCUGGGGCACAGUUGGGGUUCCAGCUCAUCCUAAAGGUGUUCAGUAGGGUUGAGGUCGGGGCUCUGUGCAGGACAUUUGAGUUCUUCCUAACCAACCUUGGCAAACCAUUUCUUAAUGGAACAUGCAUUGUGCACAGAGGCAUUGUAAUGCUGGAACAUGCUUGGGCCUCUUAAUUCAAGUGAAGGGAAAUCGUAAUGCUACAGCAUACAAAGACAUUCUACACCAUUGUGUGCUUCCAAUUUUGUGGCAACAGUUUGGGGAAGGCCUACGUAUGGGUGUGAUGGUCAUGUGUCAACAAACCUUUGGAUCAUAUAUAGUAGUGUACGUUUAAUCCUACAUCUCACUAUAAAUUAAAUAAAAAGACCCUUUACAUUAA